CUCUUUCUCCGCAUCGAUCCUGAGAUAGAGAGCAAUCAAUCAAUCAUUCCAGCUCAUCACAAACAGUCAAGUCUUGCUCCUUCCACUGCAUACACAGUACUACCAAGCUGCUCCUGGCCACGUGGGACCCUAAGAAGACGCUGUCAAAGAGGGGAGAUCAGUCAUAAUGGUCAUUACGCCCCGACAUCCUCGAUUCUAAAUGGGCCGUCGACGAAGACCAGAUCAACUUCCACCAAAGCCACGCACGCGAGAUGGCUGUCUCACUUGUCGUGCGCGCAAAGUAAAAUGUGACCAGACUCGACCACAAUGCCGGCGUUGCCAGAUCGCUAGCCGACGGUGUGACUUCGGUAUCGAGGUCAAAUGGGAAGAAGACUUUGUCUCGAGGGGACUGGCUUUUGGUAGGGAAGGUGUAUGGUCAAAAGCCGGGAGUGUCCCCCGUACUCCGCCUGAGCCAGCACAAUGGUCUACCAUCCCUGAGAUAGAAUCACAUCACUUCCUGAACUACUCUGCCAAAACCUUCGAAGAGCCGUUGAGGUUAGAAUCCAAGACUUCGACUCUGGACUGGCACUCCCCAGGAGAUGAGGAAGCUGCUUUGCAGCGUCUGGCUUCUCGCCUCAAUGAGAGCCUAGAAGACGAUCUAAACGAUGUUCCUGCUCGCUUUCAAAGCAACGCCCUCAUCAGCUCUCGGUCUGUGCCGCUUGUACCGCAUCUCGUCGACGGCGACCAUUCUAUGCUUCUGGACUACUACAUCCAGAAACUCUGUCCGCUCACUACACCUAGCAAAGUAUCUCAGUCGCCAUUUGCGUCAUUAAUUUUACCAUUCACCUUGAUGAAUUCCAACACCGGCAUUCUUUCAAUACUUGCCUUGUCGGCGUGUCACAGGGCCAAAAGUGAACCCGCUUGGAAAAUGCCUGCUAUGAAGCUCAAAUCGCAAGUUCUGCGGAUUCUGCAGAACCGCUUCAAUAUUGAGGGUGCGGACAAAGUUGCCUCGAGCUCCGACACCCUCGUGACUAUGGUCAUUCUCUGCCUUUACGAGAUUAUUCAGGACUGUGACUCGGGCUGGGUGGUCCAUCUCAAGGGUGCCCACGACAUGGUGAGGUUCCGGAAAGAACUGCAGACUGUCCCUGGGGCAGAUGUGGAAGUGAACGAUCUCACAGCGUUCGCGGAGAGGUUUUUCGCCUUUCACGAUGUGAUCGGACGCACAGCGUGCGGACAAGUGCCCCUCUUCGGCCGUGACUACUGGAACUUUGGCGAGAACGUUGUCGAUGUCUGGAUGGGCUGCAGUCCUGAGUUGGUGGCUCUCCUUUGCACCAUCACUGAGCUGAGCAGGGCAGCUUAUUCUGAUCCCUCAAUCUCGAUCUCGGACGGGUUUCUGAACGCGUGUGCUGUCACAAGAUUCAAGCUCGAAAGCCUCGAACAAAUCGUCGAAAAUGAUCAGGACGAUUUCCUCCUCAUCUCGGCAGAGAUCAAGCGUCUUGCGGCUCUACUCUUCCUGAACUGCGCCUUAUACAAUACUCUCCCAACCACCCCGCUUGUCAUGAAGCUGGUCGUGCAGAUUAUGCGCCUUGUCUCUGACUUUGUAGACCGAGGAUUUGUGACCGGUCUGACUUGGCCUGUCUUCGUUGCGGCCGUUGAGCUCAAUCCCUAUGAUGACGAGUUAUGGGUCGACGAGGCAACAAACUCGCCUGUCCAUGGUAGACGGCUGGUGCUGAGAGUCUUGGAAGCUAUGGAGAGUUCUACCGUCUCGAACAUUGAUCGGAUGCGAACAAUCAUCAGCCAGGUCUGGCAGGCAAGAGACCUGGAGGAGGACGCCUUCCCGGAGACGCCAAACAACCACUACUCCAGGAAUGACUGGGAGAGAUACGUGGCGCCCAUUAGCGAGAACAUUAAUCUGGUGUGAGGAGCAUACCGGGGGGGCAAAUUAUCGCGCCGUUAAUGACACCAAGUCGAGAAUCAACAUGAUCUUUACGAAUUAGGGAAAAUCUGAUUAUCUAUUUGACGUGAUCAUAUGUCCUUUCGAAGAAAGCGACCUGCUCCUUCGCCCAUGCAGCGAACUCCUGCGGGUCGAUGACAG